GAACCAGCCACCAGCCCUCCAGGAGCCAGCCACCAGCCCUCCAAACCUGCAGGAACCAGCCACCAGCCCUCAGUCCUAAGGAACCAGCCACCAGCCCUCCAGUCCUACAGGAACCAGCCACCAGCCCUCCCAGUCCUGGCAGGAACCAGCCACCAGCCCUCCAGUCUGGCAGGAACCAGCCACCAGCCCUCCAACCCUGCAGGAACCAGCCACCAGCCCUUCCAGUCCUACAGGAACCAGCCACCAGCCCUCCAGUCCUACAGGAGCCAGCCACCAGCCCUCCAGUCUGGCAGGAACCAGCCACCAGCCAUCCAGUCCUGGCUUGGAACCAGCCACCAGCCCUCCAGUCCUGCAGGAACCAGCCACCAGCCUUCCAGUCCUGCAGGAACCAGCCACCAGCCUUCCAGUCCUACAGGAACCAGCCACCAGCCCUGGAAGGAACCAGCCACCAGCCCUCCAGUCCUGCAGGAGCCAGCCACCAGCCCUCCAGUCCUGCAGGAACCAGCCACCAGCCCUCCAGUCCUCCAGGAACCAGCCCUACCGAACCAGCCACCAGCCCUGCAGGAACCAGCCACUAGCCCUCCAGCCCUGCAGGAGCCAGCCACAAGCCCUCCAGUCCUGAAGGAACCAGCCACUAGCCCUCCAGCCCUGGAGGAACCAGCCACCAGCCCUCCAGUCCUGAAGGAACCAGCCACCAGCCCUCCAGGAGCCAGCCACCAGCCCUCCAGGAGCCAGCCACCAGCCCUCCAGGAGCCAGUCACCAGCCCUCCAGGAGCCAGCCACCAGCCCUCCAGGAGCCAGCCACCAGCCCUCCAGGAGCCAGCCACCAGCCCUCCAGUCCUCCAGGAGCCAGCCACCAGCCCUGAAGGAACCAGCCACCAGCCCUCCAGGAGCCAGCCACCAGCCCUCCAGCCCAGAAGGAGCCAGCCAUCAGCCCUCCAGUCCUGCAGGAACCAGCCACCAGCCCUCCAGGAGGCAGCCACCAGCCCUCCAGGAGGCAGCCACCAGCCCUCCAGGAGCCAGCCACCAGCCCUCCAGUCCAGAAAGAACCAGCCACCAGCCCUCCAGGAGCCAUCCACCACCCUCCAGUCCAGAAGGAACCAGCCACCAGCCCUCCAGUCCAGAAGGGACCAGCCACCAGCCCUCCAGUCCAGAAGGAACCAGCCACCAGCCCUCCAGGAGCCAGCCACCAGCCCUCCAGGAGCCAGCCACCAGCCCUCCAGUCCUGAAGGAACCAGCCAUCAGCCCUCCAGUCCUCCAGGAGCCAGCCACCAGCCCUCCAGGAGCCAGCCACCAGCCCUCCAGCCCAGAAGGAGCCAGCCACCAGCCCUGAAGGAACCAGCCACCAGCCCUCCAGGAACCAGCCACCAGCCCUCCAGGAACCAGCCACCAGCCCUCCAGGAGGCAGCCACCAGCCCUCCAGGAGGCAGCCGCCAGCCCUCCAGGAGGCAGCCGCCAGCCCUCCAGGAGCCAGCCGCCAGCCCUCCAGUCCAGAAGGAACCAGCCACCAGCCCUCCAGUCCUGAAGGAACCAGCCAUCAGCCCUCCAGUCCUGAAGGAACCAGCCAUCAGCCCUCCAGUCCUGAAGGAACCAGCCAUCAGCCCUCCAGUCGCCAGCCACCAGCCCUCCAGGAGCCAGCCACCAGCCCUCCAGGAGCCAGCCACCAGCCCUCCAGCCCAGAAGGAACCAGCCACCAGCCCUCCAGUCCUGAAGGAACCAGCCACCAGCCCUCCAGUCCUGAAGGAACCAGCCACCAGCCCUCCAGUCCUGAAGGAACCAGCCAUCAGCCCUCCAGUCCUGAAGGAACCAGCCACCAGCCCUCCAGUCCUGAAGGAACCAGCCAUCAGCCCUCCAGUCCUCCAGGAGCCAGCCACCAGCCCUGAAGGAACCAGCCACCAGCCCUGCAGGAACCAGCCACCAGCCCUCCAGUCCUCCAGGAACCAGCCACCAACCCUCCAGGAACCAGCCACCAGCCCUCCAGCCCUGCAGGAACCAGCCACCAGCCACCAGCCCUGCAGUCCUGCAGGAGCCAGCCAUCAGCCCUCUUGGAACCAGCCACCAGCCCUCCAGUCCUCUUGGAACCAGCCACCAGACCUCCAGUCCUCUUGGAACCAGCCACCAGCCCUCCAGUCCUCCAGGAACCAGCCACCAGCCUUCCAGUCCUGCAGGAACCAGCCACCAGCCCUCCAGACCAGCAGGAACCAGCCACCAGCCCUCCAGACCAGCAGGAACCAGCCACCAGCCCUCCAGACCAGCAGGUGUCUCCAGUGUACCACUGGUAUGUCCACACCGUAGAAGCACUGAGGCCAAAUGGCAUCACUGGGAGUUCACACCAUCCCACUUCUGGCAUCAUAUCAGGCACAAAAUAGGAAUUGGACAUGAUAGAUGUUUUCAGAUUGUCCAUAAUAUUGUUUGUGUGAACAUUUAAACAUUCCCAAACUGCAGCAUAACUGAA